AUUUGAUCUCAAUAUGAUUAUUUAACUGUUGGGCUUUUAAUGGGGGUUUUGGCCCAAUAAGUAAGUAAGCGGCGUCUCUUGAACUUUAUUGUAGCCUUUUGGGGUUUUUGAGAAAAGUUUUUAGGGUUUUCAGUCGCUGAGAACAAUUUUCUUCUCCUUCUUCUUCUUCAAGCAGAGACGCUCUCAGCUCACCAGACAUGGAUCCUAGCAUGGCAAACAACCCGGAAUUGCUUCAAUUCCUCGCCCAAGAGAAAGAAAGAGCAAUGGUGAACGAAAUGGUGUCGAAGAUGACAAGUGUGUGCUGGGACAAAUGCAUCACAAGCGCACCGGGAAGUAAGUUCAGCUCAAGCGAGAGUUCUUGCCUCACUCAUUGUGCUCAACGCUACAUGGAUAUGAGUAUGAUCAUCAUGAAACGCUUUAAUUCGCAGUAAAAUUGAUUGGAGGAUAUCAUACUUGUUGGAAUUUUAAUUUAUCCUUUUUUUGUUUCUCUUGGCAAGUGUUGAAAUCCCUUUUAUUACUCUAGUGAUCUUGCAAGAGUAUUCUCGGAUAAGUGUUUUAGGUGUUUCUUUAUGGUUAUGUGAUUGAGAUUGUUAUUGAUGGCUAGUAAUAUAUUAAGAGACAAGUGUUGAAUAAUGUGGUUUUAAUAAGGAGGGUUGUACAAGGGUUGGGUUGAAACAAUGAAACUUGCUAAGUCACAUAGA